GCGGCAGUGCACCCUGGCGGGCCUGUAGCCUUGCUAUGCCUCACCUUGCCUCAUCUCGCCUGGUGCGGAAACGCUACUUGGCCACGCCGGGGAGACCUGCAGAUGGUGAUUCUUCAGGAGACAAGAGAAGAGAAGUGUGAAGGUGUGAUAGCAGCCAAGCAGCCGUCUUCGGUUCACUUUUUCCCAAUGAUGAUAGAUCUGGACAACAUGCAGAUACGGUUGUCAGAGUCGCUUUCCAGUGAAAUUCCCACCAGCUUCUAUCAGAUGACUAGCGCCCAGAAUAGCGGUCUAACCGUAUCCUCAGCAGGACCACUCACUUCUAAAUCUACCAUCAUGAGCCUCUCCCGAGGAGACACCAGCCUGGUAAAGCAGAGCUCAAGCUUCAUGACUCCAAAGAAACAACACCUAAUGAGCUUUGACUCGGCCACACUUGUUCUGGGGGAAGGAGAAGAUUAUUUUCUUUCUUUAUUUGGAGACUCGAGAAAACUCACGGCACGCUCUUCUCAAUCCGAGGAUGUCACCAAACACCUGUCUGUGAUUCUUGAAGAAGUCGGCCAGUUUACAUCCAGUUCUCUCGAAGACAUCAAAAUAGCUGAUGUAAACGUCAAGGGAUUGUUCGUGCGGCUCAUUAACUCUUCCGAAGACAAAGAAGUGGGGAUUGGAAACCACAUUCUCCAACAGAAUGUGAACGGGCACGCAGUUUCCCUGUACCGGUUCCCCCACAACGUCGCGAUGCAGGCCAGUUCCACAGUGACAGUGUGGGCAGCAGCAGCAGAAGCAAAGCCCGAGCCACCAACAGACUUUGUUUGGGAGGAACAGAACAGGUUCCGAUCCAGUCCUGACUGCACGACCAUCCUGUGCAAACCCAACGGUGAGGCGAUCGCCUGGUACACUCCGAUCCACUGGAAGCAAGCAUGGGAGAAGUUAGAGACCGACAUUGAAUUUGAGAGAUGCUCAGUAGUGAUUCCAACAGUGAAAAGCCAUCUGUUUGGGUGGACAGUGGCAUCUGCGUCCUCCAUAAAUAAGGAAAAACCAGAGUCAGCAAAGAGAGAGUCCUCCCAGUGCGAGAUAGAGCACACCCGCCCUGCUCUCAGGAGAGAAAAGGAAAUCUCGCCGACCGUUUUACCCAACCGGAGUCCUUGGUGCCGCAGCCCCUAUGCCUCUCCGCAUCCCUACUGUUCGCUCAUCGAAUCACAGGACUCAGACUUUUCCGAGAGCAGGUUGGGUGCACAGCUGAAGCCUCAGCCAGCCAAGCCUGAAUCAGCCCCAGGGACCAAGAAAAAGAAAUCAAAGUCAGAAAAAAAUAGAAAAAAGCUCAAUCUGUGAAACCCCCAGUGAUGCAUCAGUUCCCAAAGUUCUGCCGCCAUCUCACCACCGUCCGCUGGCCACAGUGGUUACACUGGCUGCCUGUGCCGAUCCUGUCUGCCCCGCUUCCUCCUAUUGCAUCACGGUGUGCUGUGGGAAGCAUGGAGGGGCCAGCAGGCUGCGCUCUCGUCAUGCAGGUUAAAGACAUUCCAUGGUUUAAAGGCAGCAGAUUGCCAGGGAGUAUCUACAAGUUUUUACCCACAGGCGAGACCAGAGCUCAGGCAGUCCCAGGCUGAGGCCUCCUGCCUAGACUUUAUAGAGGCCUCAGCCUGUUCAGGAGGGAAAACAAAGCUGUGUCCUGUUUGUUCCAUUUUAAAUGUGUUACCUGGUUGCUGUAGGUCUGGGGUACACUUAGACAGUCCAAGGAAAGCUAGUUUGGUGCCAAUAUAAAGGGAAUGAGAGGUGGAAACGUCUGGUAAACCUGUAACCUACCCUAGACUUCCGGUCUUUCUGUUCAAAGCUCGGGAUAAGCCAUUCUUGUAACACAGCUAGAGUCUUAGGAGUAGGGAAGUUCUGCCGAGCAAUAAAGCUGUUGCCUAAGCGUGCAUGUUACAGAGUUGAAUUAGUGAGGGGAAACAUGGAUAACAAAACCUUGGCGAAAGCAGAAACAGCACAAAAUGAUUUCUCCUCCAUGAUCACCCUGCUCAAGAGUAACAGAAACAAUUCCUCCAUGAUUUCCCUACAUGAGUGUGACAGAAACAAUUCCUCCAUGAUCACCCUAUAUAUGAGUGUGACAGAAACGAUUCCUCCAUCAUCCUCCUACACAUGAGUGUAACACAUGAUUUCUCCUCCAUGAACACCCUCCACAUGACUGUGACAUGAUUAUCCUCCAUGAUCACCCUACACAUGAGUGUGACAUGAUUCCUCCUCCAUGAUCACCCUCCAAAUGAGUGUAACCUGAUUUCUCCUCCAUGAUCACCCUACACUUUGCCUCUGGUCUCUCUGACUAAACGUCUAACAGAUAGAACUUGAAGGAGAGGAAUGUGGCGCAGCCAUGGUCCCCAUGCUCUUGAACAAACCCUAGUGCAUGUCACAGAGACAUCACCCCACUUAGAAGACAGGGAGUAGCAGAAGAAAUGGGAAAUGGCCAGGAUGACACAACCCCAAGAACCCAACUCCCACAUGUCCCUGCCUCCCAACAGGACUUUAUGAAUCCAUCAAGAAGUUGAUUCAUCCGUCAGGCCAGGCCAACUGUCUUUGGAAGCAUCUUCUAGAUACACCCAGUGGUGUGCUUCCCUAACCCCUGUUUUAGUACAGUUGAGUAGACAAUCACAACUUGUAGAUGGAGGUCUUUUCCGCCAGCAGCCUCAAAUAACCCCAUGGAGACUUCUUAUUAAUUUUGAAAGCUUGGCCUUCAGUAUAUGCUUCUCUCAACUAACUCUUAUAGUAUAAAUUCACACGCUUAUUAUAUUAACCUACAUUCCAUCAUGUGGCAUUGCCUCUCUUUCGUCUUACCCCUCCUGUUUCCUCUCCUUCUGGCUGAUGAUCUGCCCAUUUUUCCUAGAGUCCUCUCUGUCUCCAGAAGUCUCACCUAACCUCUUCCUAGCUGUUGGCCAGGCACAGCAGUGCGUUUUCACACAGUGUGGGACGUCCCACAACUGAACAACACAGGGAGUGAGCCAAGAUCUGCUAAUUCCCGUCUGGAUCUAGCAGUGACACUAGGAAGUCCCUGACUGGAUUAACUAUAUUUCCGUGACAACUGAAGCACAUUUCCAGUCUUCAUAUUUAGGUACCUUUGCCAUUCAAGACAGUAUCCAUCAACAGAUAAAUGGAUUUGUAAAAUAUGUGCUUCUAUACAAUGUCAUCUUACUGAGCUGUAAAAAGAUGUGAUUCAGACACAUGAGCAUGAACUGGCGUGAGCUAGACACAAAAGGGCAAGUAGUUUGGGGGUGGUGCUUUAUCUCAUGGAGAAAUGACAAGAGCUAGAGAGCACAGCUGUAGGAGGAGAGAGCUUGUUCUUCCGGGCCGCCCAGAACCGAAAUAAUCACACAGAAACUGUAUUAAUUAAAAUACUGCUUGGCCUAUUAGCUCCAACUUCUUAUUGGCUAGCUUUUACAUCUGAAUUUACUCUAUCUCCAUUAUCUGUGCAUACCACGAGGUCAUGGCCUAACAGCACAGUUUUAGCACAUCUGUCUCUGUGGCAGCUCCAUAGCGUCUCUCUGACUCCACCUCCUUUCUCCCAGCAUUCCAUUUAGUUUUCCCUACCUAGCUCUGUUCCCCUAUAGGUUGCUAUAGGCCCAAAGCAGUUCCUUUAUUAACCAUUGAUAUUCACAGCAUACAGAGGGAAAUCCCACAUCACACAGCCCAGCUUUCCAGGAGUUUGUGGUGGAGAAAGAGGAUGGGGAAGCUACUCUGUGGGUACAGAGUCUGUGGGGGUACUGAGAAGGUUCUAGAAAUGGAGAGGGGAUAGCAGCUGCCCAGAGUUGUGGAUAGACUUAAGGCUGAUGUACUGAAUAUUUUAAAAUGAUCAGAAUGUUUGGUACCAACAUCUGGUAUCUCUAGCAUCUCUAAGAUGAGAAGAAGCCACAGCACAGUCUAAAGUAUCUGAGAAGAGAGGCCUCACUUGACAAGGUGAUUCCUUAUGUGCAGUGCUGAGUCUAAAGGUUCUCAAAGGCACCACCCAUGUAUGGUGUGGAGUAAAGACAGCCUGGCUGAGACACACAGAUCAUGCUUUCUCUGAAUUCCCCACACUCAGGCCAACUUGAACAUUUUCAGAAACUCGUCCCACUUUAUGCCAAGGUGGCCAGAAGGCAUCACCUCUGAAAUCCAAACUGGCUAAGUUGUGUGGGCUGUUCUGUUACGUGGUUGCUAUGGCAACGGUCACCACAGUGCUUUGGAGACACUAGAAGGAGCCCUUAGAGCGCACAGUGCAUGUUGACUUGGCUUCCAAUCUCUUCAGCUCUCCGCGUGAUGACUCAUUUGCUCACACUAGAAAUAAGCACACAGCCAGAAAGGCCUGGGACUUUGGCUGAUAAACAGUCUCCUAAUGGCCUUCCGUGUACCCUUUCCCUCCAAAAUUGUGGUAAAAACACAGAAAACAAGGGUCCACAUAAGUCUCGGGUAUCUCCAGUUUCCUCUCCUGCCAGCAGAGUCUUCCUAGAUCCAAAACAUCGCAACUCGGUCUUCCUCGUGUUUGUGGACUGUGUUGUAGAGUCCUUUCUUCUGUGUCUCUGGCUUCUCGGUGCUUUAUCAAGAAGCUGUCUCCUUUCAAUACUUCUGCACAUCAUCUCCUCCAGUGGUCAAAAUAUGCCCUGUGUGUCUGCUGCUCACUCCUGUGAGUGUGUUCUGAAGAGUACAACAACCCUUUGUCCUUGCCAGAGCCAAGUACACCCUUGACUCUGGGGUCCUCACUAGGUUCCUUUCCAGUUACACCAGUCAGCAGGAGCUUCCAGGGCAUUGCCUCACUGUCUUCCGACACUGGGAGUGUCCCCUAGGUUGGGGGCUCUGGAUGAGGUUAGCACAUGUCCACAUCCACACAGGAACAUUUAGGGGUCAUCACCUUGGAGCCCCUGUUUUCCUAACCUUCUCUGAACGUUCAAGGAUUGGCCCGAGUUCAGUUUCAACAGGUUUGGAGAGCUGCAGACUCCAUCUCCAGGGUCAGAAAUGGGUCCUUCUGUGCUGUCCUUUGCCUCCAUUAGCCUCUUGUCUGUGUAAAUGAAGUACUAACUCCCAGAAUGCCCCUGGGAGUGCAGUUUCCAAGGGUUACGUUACCUUUGAAGCCAGCCUGGAUGUCUAAGUCCCCACAGUUCACCCCCAGCACUGCGUAAAUGAAUAUGGUGGCAAAGGCCUGUGAUCUCAGCCCUUGAGAGAUAGGCCCGAGGCUCAGGAGCCGCAAGGUCAUCCUUGGCGACAUAGUUCAAGGCCAGCCUGGGCCACUAGAGCCCCUGUCUCAAACAAAAAAGGAUAGAAGUUUAAAGGGGGGGAGUAAAAAAAUUUAUCACUUGCCCUCUCCCAUAAUGGGAUCCCUAUGGAACCCCAAUAUCCAGAGCUUUUGUAAGAAGUUGAGUUUCCCUCCUUUUAAAAAGGAUGAAUAAGAGAAAAAGCACAAUUCCUGCAGGAGAGUAAAUUACACAACACACUUUUCUAAAGCUUUCACAUGUUGGGCGACGUGCUAACGGGACAAGGAGCCCAAAGGAUGUUUUUUCUGAACCAGUUUUUUACUUAAUCCGAAAUGGAUUUUACUUAAACAAAAAUAAAUUCUGGUUUCUUUGGGGUUUUAUUCGUAAUCUCUACAUCAUCUCUCAGUGUGAAAAGGUCUGAACUGUUGACUCAAACCAACAAACUUAUAAGCACAUUAAAGAUUUGGAAGAAACAUGUUGAAUUCAGUGCAUCCGCCCCUUAUAUCCCGAUUUCAUCUCCUUUUGCUUUUAGUAACAUUGUGGUUUUUUGUAAUUUUAUACCAAGUGUGUACAGACUUCGUAAACAGCUCACACACCAUUGCACCAAAGCCCUCGUCAUUUGUUUCCAUUCAUUUAUGGGAUAACUAAAUGAGUUGUUUCUUAUUGUAAACGAUGCUUCAAGAAACAUUGGUGUGUAGAUGGAUUUUUCUUUGGGCCACCAGAUUACAAAAAAAAACAACAUAGAAAAUUAUUAUUAAUUAUGAAAGCUCAUCCUAUAGCUUUGGCUUCUCCCACUAGCUCUUAUAACUUAAAUCAACCCAUUUCUAUUAAUCUUCGCUUUGCCUUGUGGCUUUGUAUCUCUCUCCCAUCUUGCACCUCCUGUUUCCUCUGUGUCCUCUAGUGCCUCUCCCAUGCCUAGAUUAUUCUUCGUCUCUCUCUACCCAGAAGUCCUGCCUAACAUCUUCCUGUCUCGCUAUUGGUCAUUCAGAUCUUUAUUAAACCAAUCCAAAGGCGCCUUGGCAAAGACACAUUUUUACAGUGUACAAAAUGAUUAUUUUAAAACAUUUUUGGAUCCUCUUGUCUGUUCUAGCUUUAUUCUGUUGCUGUGAAUAAUAAAAAUAGGAAAUAAAAAAUAACUUUAAAACCUGACAAAAAGCAACUUGUGGAAAAAAGUUUACUUCAGUUUAUAAUUCUAGGUUAUAGCUCAUCGUUGAGAGGAAGCCACAGGGUGGGGACCAGCCACGUGACAUCCAGUCUAGAACAGAGAGAAACAGAUCCACGCAUGCUGCUUGCUCCAUUGUGCUCAACUCGAUUUCUCAAUUUCUCCACUUUUAUGCAGUUCAGGGACUCUUGCCUAGGGGAUGGUGCUGCCCACAGUAGGCUGGGUCUUCUUAUAUCAGCUAUGACCAUCCCACACAGACCUGUCCACAGACUAAACAAAUGUAGAUAGUUCCUCCCUAAGAUUCUGUCCAGGUUAUUCUGGAUUUUGUCAAGUUGACAAAACCAACCACCAAAUAUAUAAAUAUUUAAAAUGCUAGUGGUCACUUUUCUUUUUAAAAGUACUUAUAAGAGGGCUCUACAGAGACGGCUCUGGUUAAGAGCACCAAGUGCCCUUAUAGAGGACCCAGGUUCAGUUCCCAGCACCCACAUGGCCACUCACAAACCUGCAACUCCAGUCCCAGGGGACCCAAUGCACCUUACUGGCAUCUUCAGGCACUGGGCUUGCCUUUGGUGGAGGCAUUUAUACAUACACACAAAAAUAAAUCCUAGAAAAAAAUGACUUUAUCAUAUAAAAGAAAUAAAUAAAUUCUAGAAGUACCUAGAGAAUGUUCCUUUAACUGAAAACUCUAGUGGAUAAGGUACAGAUAUUUUCUAUAUUUGCACUUCCCAUCCUCAACUCCUAAUUUCUUUCUGGUUUCCAAAACCAUAGGUCCAAGCUCCAAAAGUUGCUGUCUUUUUCUCAGACUCUUGCUCUCUCCCUCUCCCUCUUCUCCCCCGUCUGCUCCCUUCCCCUUCUUUCUUCCUCCCUCCCUAGGCCCACAUGUCUGGCCAGUUUGAGGAAAGUUCCCUUGGUUCCCUCAUUUUGAUCUGUGCAAACAGACCCGGCCUUGAAGGUGGUUAGGGGCUCACGUGGUCCUGCUGUCUGUAAAGUAUCCACAGCCUUCAGAGGAGGCAUGUCGGGAAAGGGGUGCUUUAACCAAGGAGGUAAAUACCUACGGUUAUUAUGCAUAACUUUCCUGCCCCCUAAGCCUACACCACAACCGUUAGUCCUCCUUUAAGACACCCUGAUAGGCCUGAUGGCCAUUUUAUUCUCUGUUGGCGUUCCUCCACUUUUAGGGACAUGUCAAAACCUGGGAGGAAGGGCCAUAAUUCUUAAAGAAAUGGCGGUCAGACUGAACUGUGUGGACUUAACAGAAAAGGUCAGUGAACUGGGCGAUGGUCAUUUUACAGUCUUUGACCAAACACUGGCGUGGCACUGUGCCAAGGGAGGCAGGCGGCAGAGAACGAGUGCCAAGUGCACUGCAACCGCAGCACCUGGGAACAGCCUCGGAGCCUCGGAGCCUCUGUUGACAAAGGAUAAUUAAUUUAAUUGUCAACAGCUGUUCCUAAAUAAGGAGGAAGUCACAGACAGUUGCCCAGCUCUGCACCUGGGGCCUGAGGCGCUCUGAGGAGAUUCCAGACUGGCUCUGGAGACAGGAGGGCCUUCUUUGGGAAAAUAGAAAAUGUGAUUAAAGCCACUUCUCGUCUCUUGCUGUAAGAGGGACGUAGGAGGGACGACUCAUCUCUGACUCUCUUGUUGCUGAAUCACUGGGGGCUUCAGCACUGGACAUUUAAGCCGUUCUGUCUAAAAGGAACAAGAGACAACCCAAAUCACGAGACACAUGGGUCCACACAGGUAUGCUGGUUGGCUGUUAGUGUUGGCUUAACUCUUACAACUAAUCCUUUGUUUCCUCGUCAAAGUAAGCUGACAAUCUUAGAACUUUAAGGAUAAUUUAUCUAGACAAAUAAAAUAUAAUUACUGGGAAAUGUAAACUGAAACCUGAUGGAGACGGUGGAGCUGGUGACUUAGGGAUCCCAUCCGCAUACAGCCCCAUGAUGAUGCCCAGGCCGAAGCUGGUGCUGAGGGCCAUGUCUGGGUCUAUGGUCCUGCUGCAGCUGGGGUCUGUGAGGAUGCCCAUGGCUCCUUGUUGCUAUUGGGGGUCAUAGGAACCCUGCAUGUUGAAAUAUGAAGGAGGGCCAUACUGAGCCAGCCCUGCCCCUUACUGGAUUGCUGGACCUGCCCCUUGCUGAUCACUGCUGCAAGAGAAUUGGCCACACCCCCAUAAGAGAGCUGGCUCCACCCCUCUGUAUGGGCGUGGGAAAGAUGACUGCCCCUUGACUGAGGGAGGUGGUUCCAGUGGCGUGGACCAAUCAGCUCAGCUACGACUUGAGACCCACAUCCUGGACCUUGGCUUGGCCCACCCUACGCCAUCUAGGACCUGUUGGGGUGUGUGGAGGGCCUGGUCCUGUGAAACCAUAGCUGCAGGGUCCCUCUGACUUGGGAUAGCUGCAGGAUAUUGGAAGGGAGUUUGGGUGAGUCUCCAGUGGGGAUGGUGUGCCAGGGGCCUUGAACCAGACCAAUGACUCAUUGCAAUGAGCAUUUUGUGAGCGGGCUGACUGGACAAAAGGAUGUACUGUGCCAUCCACCACAGCACCCAGUGCCGCUAG